AUGGAUCCUUUCCCCCCGCUAUCGUCCAUGACGCUCUCACCGCAAUCGCCAACUCCGGGUCCGAAUCCAUCUAAUUCCACUCAGAAUCCCACCACCUCAUCCAUUUUUCGGCCCCGCCGAUCCGAGGAUUGGCACGAGUAUCGCGAGAUUAUUGAGCAACUCUACCGCAAUGACCAACUGAAGCUGCGCGAUGUGAAGCGCAUUAUGGAGCGUGAUUAUAAAUUCCAGGCCUCAGAAAAACAAUACAAAGAUCGCCUUGCUGCCUGGCACGUUCGCAAGAAUAUUAAAGCCAAAGAAGUCCACCUUAUGAUUCGAAAACAGCAAAAGCGUGCCGCGAGGGGCAAACAGACGGCUUUCCGGGUGAACGGACAAGAAGUUGACAGCAAGCGCAUUGCUCGGUUUCAGCGUCGCUACGGCGAUAGUUGGAGCGAGGAGAAAGACAAGGAUAUUCAACAGAUGAGCCCGGAACCCACAACCCCGUCCGACAUGACUUGCUAUACUCCAGAGCCUGCCGACGAGGCCGCCACGCCUAUAUCACCUCCAGAGAUCCAGUCUCCAUCGCGCGAGCCCUCAUCUUACCCUCUUAGCUACGACCCCAAUCACAUCGACUCCAUCCCCGACCUCAUCAUAGAUGACGACUCACCAUUCCCAAUAAGCAUGCAUCAUAAUCCAACUCGACGAACGUAUCAUCAUCAAUCUGAAUCAUUAGUGCACACGCCCCAUUCACAUGCUCAACACCCACAAUCUCCGCACGCACAACACCCACAUGCACAUCAUCCGCAUCCGCACUCACUUCCACCUCCUCAUCUACCGCACCCUCACCACACCGUCAUGUCUGCCACCGCAGGCUCUAUGCCUCCACUUCAACCCGUGGCGCCCGCGAUUCCACUGCAACCCGCCGCAGCCCCUGGACCGGCGUCUUCACAUCGAGACUUCAUGAACGCAGGGGGUAUCGUGGCACCCCCUGCAAAUAUGGUCCAUACGAACGAGUGGGAUCGUCUUGAUAAUUUCCAGACACGCCUCGAGCUGCUAAACACCCGCCUAAACGAUUCCAUGUCAAGGUGGAAUCGGGAUCAAGAUCCCAAUGAGGUCCCUCAUCAUCCUCAUCAUGAAGGACUCGGGCUAUAA